AUGAGUUCGACGACGCCUAAAACGAAACGUAAGCGGAGACGCUACAGCUGUGGCCCAUGUAAGACCCUUAAAAUCAAAUGUAACUUGCAGACGCCGUGCCAGGCAUGCAAGAAGGUUGGAAGGGACGAUAAAUGCCAUGAGGAUCCGCCAAGACCACCAUCGAGUGAAGAAAUCAGUAUUAGCACUCGAAGAAAGACGUUGACAAAACGAAAGAAGCAGUUGAUAGGGGUUUCAGAGGAAGAAGACCCGUUGUCUGCGAAACAUGCUGAACGAGAUGGGCUCGAAGAUAGUUUUGGUAAAUCGCUUCACAAGAUGCCAGUUUCUGACACGAAUUGUUCUGAAAGUCCAUCAGCGACCCCCGGUCCAAAUAAUAUAACGGCUGAGCUGUUAGGUAAUGCUAAUUUUGAGGGUAUAGCCCAAAAUGUUAACUAUUCGGUACUCCCGAGAGCGAUGUGUCAUCUGACGAUAGACGACACGAAAGACCAUGGUUUAGAGAACAGCUACGUAUCGAAUGCUUCUGUUCCUGGUCUGUUUGCUUCCAUGUCCUCGACAUCAUUAUCCGAUAAUCAGGGUACUACAUCGAGGAACGUUUCUUUAUCGUCUUCGUUGUUGAGCCACAGUCUAGGAGGGGACUUGGAGGAUAUAAGGUUAAAUCCUGAUGUUAACAAUUACGAGUAUCGCAACUCAAUCCAGCAUCAGAUAAUGAACGAGCGUUAUUUAGUGGUGACACAAGCAGCGGAACAACCGUUGAACACACACAACUUUUACCUUUCGCAGCCAAACAUGACAAUUGCAAGCCCAAAUCAAGAUCAAUCAAACCCGAGGUUUUAUUCAAACGCAAGUUCAAUUGAGGCAGAAGAUAUACAAAGUAAACAAGUUAUGUUCACAUUCAAUAAUACGGACUUAAAUAUCUUCAAAACUUUUUUGCCAGCAUUCUCAAUACUAGAAGAAUUUCUACAUCAUUACAUAUUGUCUAGUAACUAUACCUACUAUAAUAUCUUGGAUAUCGGAGAGAUCUUCAGUGUAUUUAAGGGCUUUUUCAAUUCUAUUUCGAAUUUAUCAUCAACUGAUACGAUCAAAAUUGAUAAAAAUAGCUUGAAAUGCAUUAGUCAUUUUUAUGGUAUCAUGUCAAUUGGCUACUUGUUAUCAGGAUGGGAAAAUGAAGUGCUUGUAAAUUUGGAUAAGCAAACAGUUAUACAAGGGUGGAUAAAUAUUUCUAGUAUGAUACGCCGGAUCAUAGUAGACUCCACUAAGGUUUCUGACAUCCUAUUUUCGAUUGAAUGGUAUCUUAUUAUACGAGACUUUUUCACUUAUAAUAAUUUGGUUUUGGACGAUUAUUCUUCGUUCAUUAGUGUAGUAGAACUUUUGAAGCUGAAUAAGUGGAUUUUGGACACAAUUAAGAAAGACACCAAAAAAAUUUCAACACAAGCAGAUAAAGAUGUUGUUCGAGUGAUAAAGUAUUGGAUCUAUCUAAGAAUAGUCGACUUGGAAGUGCCAUAUAUUAUGUUAAAGGGAACAUUUAUUGAUUCCACGGAAUUUGAGAAUUCCGUUGUUCCUGAUAAACAAACAUUUGAUUUUCUAUUCAAAGAUUUGACGAACAUAUCUGACCCCUUGUCAAAUAUAUCCUUUGACGUAAUGAAACUUUAUUUUAACAGGACUCAACACACGGCAUCACUUAAGCUGUUUCUUAGAUCAUACCUUGAGUUUUUUUGCGAUGUUUCGUCGUUGGCUCUAGACGAACUAAAGGAUUUCAAGAAAAAGAGUUUGGAACAAAACUUCGAACAAACUGAUUCCCAUUUGCGAUCUCUUGUGAAAAUCCAAUUAUGCCAACAAGCAGCAAUAAGAUGGCUAUCUUUUAUGAGUAUUGAAUUCACUCAUUAUUUUCCUUCCCUAAGAUUCGCAUCAUAUUUAACAAGCAUCCUUAACUUGUUUAAUCAUUUCAAUUGCUUAGAUAGUAUUAUAAAGCGCCAAACCAAAAAUCAGAUGUCUUUAGUUGACAUAUUACUCCAAACCUACAACUAUGGUUGUUUCUCGAUAUUUGUGCGUUGUCUUGUAUACCAAGGUAUAUUCAUUGUGACUUUGAAAAACUUCAAAAAUUCAACCAACUCAAUACUUAAUUUUCGAGAAAUAUUUGACAUAGCCAGACGUAGGUUCCACGAUACAUUCACCGUAUUUUGGAACAGCAACCAAGUUCACAAUAAAUUGUAUCCGAAUCUACCAUUAUUUCGGAAUUCAUUUGAUCUAUGCCAUCAAAUGUGCCGUAUGGUUGAUAAUGAUACGCAAUUUAACCUGCUUGACGAUUUCAUUACCCAUUUGACGUCUGAACUUCCCCUUUAUGAUUAUUUAACCCAAAACUAUUUUGCUUCUCCAGAUGAUUUGAGAUUGUACUUAAAAAUAUUGUGGCAGUUACUUACACACAUAAAUACGGACCAAUCAACCAAACUCAUUAUAUCGGAACUGUUAUUUUUAAAUAUGGAUCUACUUAAUAGUAGAUUAGAUGAUCCCACAGGGCUUACAAUAACUUCCGAAGUAGUUGAUGACUUCGCUAAAUUAGUAAUUGAGCCAAACAUACAUGAAUAA